AUGGCUUUUAAAGGAAAGUAUCCAAUAAGAUCAAAGAUUGUGAUAGACAACAAGGUAUUGGAGCAGGUGUCUCAGUUCUCAUAUCUGGGUUGUGAAAUUAGUUAUAAAGAUGAAUUGGAUGUAGAGAAGAAGGUAGGAAGGUUCCAAAUGAUUUGUGGAAGUAUCAGUCGGACAUUGGGAAAGAAAGCUACCACAAGCACGAUAAUGAAAUGUUAUAAGACAAUGGCAGCUCCACUACUACUCUAUGGUAGUGAGUCGUGGGUAACAUCAAAGCCACUUGAGAGUAAAGUGCAGGCAGCUGAGAUGAGAUUUCUUCGCAGAACUAAGGGCUGUGAUAGAAGAGAUCACAUCAGGAAUGAGGAUUACGGAAAGAGCAGAAUAUCUUCUGCCUGA